AAAAAUCGCGCAUUUCGGAUGUGAUAUAAAGCAAAAAGCCCCCGGCCCCAAGCGGGCUGAGAGAUGCUUGCGAUCCAAACACUUUCCGAUUCAAUCCUCCCAACCCUUCUUUCUUUCUCUUCUUCUUCAUUUCGGGAUUAUACACUGUUAUGCUUGCUCGCUCUGCUCUAAACAUACUCAAAAGAUCGAUACAUCUUAAACCCACAUCCUUUGCGUUCCCCUUAGCCAAACAGAAACACAUUUCACGCACAAUGACCAGCAACACCCGCCCUCUCUGCCUGAUCCCAGGCCCCGUCGAGAUGUCGUCCAGCGUCCUCCAAGCACACAGCACACCAGCGACAGCGCACACCGACCCCAAAUUCGUUGAGGUCUUUGGGCAGUCCAUUGAGAUGCUGCGCCAAGUGGUGGCAACCGAAACCGCGCAGCCCUUCAUCAUCGCCGGGUCAGGCACAUUAGGCUGGGACCAAGCCGCAGCCAACCUGAUCGAGGCACAGGACAACGUACUGGUGCUUUCCAACGGGUACUUUGGCGAAGGGCUCGCGGACUGCCUGGAAUGCUACGGCGGCCAAGUCACCCGGCUGCGCGCCGAGCCCGGUAACCGCGAGGACCUGUCGCUGGUCCGCAAGGAGCUGCAGACGACCAAGUACAAGGCCAUAACGGUGACGCAGGUGGACACAUCGACGGGCGUCCUGGGCGACGUCCAGGCCGUUGCAAAGCUCGUCCGGGAGCUUUCCCCAGAUACUCUGGUUAUAGUCGACGGCGUAUGCGCGACUGCCGCCGAGCGGCUGUACUUUGACGCCUGGGGCGUGGAUGUCCUGGUGACAGCGUCGCAGAAAGCCCUGGGCUGCCCGGCCGGAAUAUCCGUUGUCGUAGCGUCGCAGCGCGCCCUGGCCACUAUGAGCUCUCGUGCGACGCCUGACCGCGCUGUCAAGUACUUUGCCACGCCCUGUGUGCAGACUAUCUUUGCGCUUAACACGUCGCUGAAGGAGAUUCUGGCCAACGACGGCGGCAUGGAGGGAGUGUUUGUUGCGCAUGAGCGGACGUCCGAGAGGGUCAAGGGUGCUGUUGAGGCGUGGGGGCUCCGGACCGUGGCGGUUUCCAGGGAAGCAGCUGCCACGGCGAUGACUGCCGUGUGGCUGCCUGAGGGGAUCCAGGCUGCUGAUCUCCUGCCCAAGCUGAAGGCCCGCGGCGUAGUGGCUGCCGGUGGCAUCCUGGCUGGGCUGGCGCACAGGUAUUUCCGCUUGGGACAUAUGGGCAUUACGGCAACACAGGACAAUGGCUAUGUUGACGUUAUGCUGGCUGCUGUUGCGGGUGCGCUUGAGGAGUGCGGCCACUCUGUUGAGCAGAAGAAUGCCCCCCCUCGUCUUUAAAAAAAUAUAUUUUUUUCUUCACACUAACACGUGCUUUUUUGAGAAAAGCUCUUACGCACUUAUUGUCCCACAUACACUGUUUCUUUCUGAGUCACCAUUAUUGGUUCGGCUGUUUCUUUUUUUUUUCUCUCUCUCUUGUUGGAUGUUAAUCUGAUACGAGCUGCGGCUCACCUCUGUGUCACAAAUACAAAGAAACCUUGAAAUU